AUGUUGCAGAUCGACACCGAGAAGUCAGACACGCUUGACACUAAAGCAUGCGACCUUGCUCCACAGCAGCCGGACAUUGCACAGGGAACGGUGCAUGGGACUGCGGAGAAUUCUCCGUACACUGAAGCAGAGAACCGAACUGUGCUGCGCAAGAUUGACUGGUUUCUUCUUCCCUGGCUUAUGGGCACGUACCUCAUCCAAUUCGUGGAUAAGACAUGUAUUUCAUAUGCUGCCCUGUGGGGAAUGAAACAGGAGGCCCAUCUAGUGGGCGACCAGUACUCAUUUGUCUGGGCAGUGCCCUUCUUCCUCUUUGCUGCUCCAAGCCCUGCCGCAGCGAAGUGGCUGUCUUCCGCGGAGAAGGAUGUUGCCAUCAAACGAGUAUCGGAGAACAAGACCGGUCUGGACAACAAGGAGUUCAAGUUCUAUCAGGCACGCGAGGCUUUUAUGGAUCCUCAAGUGUGGAUCUUGAUACUUUUUGUGAUUGCAAACAACAUUCCUAAUGGAGGCAUCAGUGCAUUCGGACCGCUGAUUAUCGAGGGGUUUGGCUACUCAAAGCUUGGAACUACGCUCCUGGGAAUGCCCUUUGGAGGAGCACAGGUCGUUGCCCUUCUCAUUACCGGCUUUCUUGCAGGAACGAUCAAGAACUGCCGAAUCAUACUGAUGUGCGGUGGCCUUGUCAUCGCCAUUCUAGGAAUGAGUCUCAUGUACGCUCUUCCCGAGGAAAAUAAGAUUGGUCGCCUUCUCGGAUACUAUCUUGCCAUUGGGUUUAGUGCAACCUAUGUCCUUUCCUUAGGCCUGAUCCAAGCCAAUAUCGCCGGCCGAACGAAGAAGACCGUCGUCACAGCCGCUCUUUUCAUUGCGUACUGCGUUGGUAAUCUGAUCGGGCCCCAGCUAUUCUUUGAAAGAGAGGAACCGCAUUAUCGGUCCGGGUUCAUUGCCAUGAUUAUUUGCCUGGCUCUGGAUUUCGUCCUGCUUGUGAUACUGCAUAGGUUGUACGUGCUCAAGAACAAAAAGCGAGACGCAGCAAAGUCCUCGAUAGAAGUCAACCUUGAUGGUACCUCCGGCUUGACUGAUCUGACAGAUAUGGAAAAUCCCUCGUUCCGAUAUGUUGUUUAG